UUUCUUUCAAGCUGUUCCAACGUGACUGCAACAGACGAGUAAAAGGUCACGUGAAGUGCGACUCGAAUGCAUCCACGAACAGACUUACAAAAGGCCAAUUUUUGACAAGAAUUUGAUUCCAGAAGCACACGAUUAUUAUUCCCAAUCUUGAAUGGCUGAGCCUCAUUAACGCCUACCUAUGCUCAGCGACCUGCGCAUGUCUCCUUACGACUGAGCCUCACUACCACCGACCAACGCUCAGCGAUCAUCGCAUAUCUCCUUCGUCACAGACACCACCUACUGCGACAAGCUUCAGCAUCUAUACGCACCAAUUCUGGUCACGAUCGACUCCUUCCGCAAAGAGCUGAAGCAGCAGCAGCCUACUAAUCACUUUUCAGCCUUGCACACGAGCUUUGCUUGCCGCGCAUUUCGUCGUCUCGCUCCAAGACAUGGCUGACAGGACGAGCAAGUGGGACGCUGCUCCCGACGACGGCUCCAACGAGACCCGCGCAUCAGCAGCAGCAGCAGCUGCUGCUGCCGCGGCCAAGAUCGCUGCGCAAUUCUCCCAGAGACAGGCAGCUGGCGCCGCAUCGCCUCCGGGAGGCGCAGACAGGAGCGGCCACAAUGCGAGCUCCCCACCGCUGAAGGAUGGGGAAGGCAAGAGGAAGGAGGAUCACGAACCCGAGUUCACGCACGACAUUGAGAUCAACGAUCAUAGGAAUCGCUAUAUGCUGACCAAAGGACAGACUCAGACGCAGCUCUUCCAAGAGACGGGCGCGAGCGUGAGCACAAAGGGAACCUGGUAUCCGGACAAGAGCAUGGCCACGCCUCAGGAUCCUCCCCUCUACCUGCACAUUGCUGCCACCUCGCAAGAGAUCCUGAACAAGGCCAUCGCUGCGGUGGAGGAGCUCAUCAAACAGGAACUACCUGACCUCAACCCCGACCCUCGUCGACAUAGGCAAGAGAGGGAGGAGCGACCACCGCCUGAGAGAAGAAGAUGGCCUGAAGACAAGGUGUACAUCGACUUGGAGCCCUUGAGAAAUUUCAACGUACGGGCAAAGGUCGUUGGACCCGGCGGUCUCUUUGUCAAGUACAUUCAAGGGGAGACCGGUACGCGCGUGCAGAUCAAGGGUCAAGGCAGUGGCUUCAUCGAAUCCGAGUUGGGUAGGGAAGGCGAUGAGAAGAUGCACGUCAGCAUUGCAGGACCUGAUGAGGCACAGGUAAAGGCAGCGAAAGAACUGGCAGAAGAUUUGCUCGAUGCGGUCAAGAGCGAGUAUGCGAAAGCCUACGCUGUGCUGCAACAGCAAGGCGUCUGGGUGCCUCCAUUUGCUGGAGCUGCGGGGCAACAACAACAGCAGCCCUAUGGCGCAUACCAGCAGCAAGGCCAAGCCGGCUGGUACGGAGCUCAGGGACAAAUGAGCGGAGGUCACGCUCAAGGUGGCAUGCCACCCCAGCCUGAUGAUCCAGCACCCCCGCCUCCACCCGAAGAUGCAGCCCCACCGCCUCCUGGUGACGACUACGCACCACCCCCUCCAGCUGAGCAGAAGCGCUUCGUUCCUGCCACAGCGGCCCCCGCACCAAUCAAGCAGAAGACGGCAGAAGAGCAAGCUCUGGAAAAGUAUUGGGCGGACUACAAAAAGUGGCAAGAGUCCUACGUCGCCUACCACGGACGAGUGCCGACCAAAGAUGAGGGUGGUCAAGACAUUCCGUCUGAAUUUCGUUAACAAAAGUCGAUGACGGAACGCCAGCCUCACGCGUUGGAAUCACGCAACCCUAGCCUAGCGGCACUGAUGCUCGCAGAUAGCAAACGUCAUCCCACAACGGCGCUCUCUAGUGACCCACGCAUGCGCAAGCCGUCCUCUGCAUCCAGAUGUUGAAAUCAAUGCGAUGCAUGCGUAAGGUGAU